GAAGGAAGUCUCCAAUUGUUGCCAGCAAAAAUUUCCAGACUUCACGGAGCUGGUGAAUUUGGCGCUUGGCCUGCAAGAUAUCGCUUUCUGCGUACUCGUGUUUUACGACAUAUUGCAUUUUCUGCAGAGGAAUAAUUUUAUUUCACAGUUCUUGAAUGCUGACUUCAAGAAGGAUUUUAUCUUCACAGACUACUCAUCUCUUCAUUGGAAACAUUGCCUUUAUCUCUGGUACAUUACCCAUCCAGCAUGUCUCACAAUUAUCCAUAUAGGAGGUCUCCAGAAGAUUUUAGUUCACAUCAAGGAGCCUUUUCUACAUCAGACCAUCUACACCAUGAAGAGCGUCACAUCUAUCAAACCUCUCUACAGCCAUCUCCUCGCUCAACGUCUGUUUUCACAUCCCAAAAGAGUGUCCUGGAUUCUUAUUCCUCCCGAAGUUCUACCACUGCCGACAGCGCUUUGAGUCUUCUCUCCAGCUGUGGGCUUGAGCCUGAAGAUCUUUCUAUCCUAGCAGGUAUGCCUGAAAAUAUGAUGACUGAGGAGUCUCUCCCCCGUUUGCUCAUGGAGAUCAGGCAGAAGAAGGCCCUCAGCGACCGCAUCUGUUUGUCAAGCACGCACCGCAGCACAUCUCAUCAGCCUCUCCAGCCUCCAUCAGACAGCUGGGAGAAUUCCACUCGUUCUACCCCGGCAAAAUAUCUGGCAAACCCUCCCCAACAUUCGUCAUACCCACCAAUCCCUCCCCUGCUGUCCUCAUACCCACUUCACAGGGAGGAGCCUGAGAGCUGGAAGGAUCGCUGGGGGAACCCCCGGCAAACUGGUGCAGUCCGGCAGGAGAAAACCAGCUCCACCUAUGUUGUGGACUAUAACUACGGUCAGGCACAAGAGGGGGAUUCACGAAACAUAGAGAGACCAGCUUAUAGUGCGAGAGCAGUAGGCAUCGGAGAGCGCCCCCAUUUGCAGUCUUUGUCUGAUUACCGGCAGUUAAACCCAGGCAAAGAGCCAGCAGCAGCAUAUCAGAAGAAACUAAUUCCUCCCUUGGCUACCACUGUUCACUCUACGCCAACAGCAAGAGAAGCAAAUGAUUUCCAUGGUUCUAUGCCCCAAACUUUUCCUUAUGCAUGUUCCCUCUGUGAUAUUGCAGUACUUUCUCAAAAGGAUUGGACCUUACACAUAAAUGGGGCUCAACAUGCAAACAGCCAGCUUGCCGUGUUACAAAUGUAUCCUGAAUGGGACUGUCGGACUGGAUCUGCUAGACAGAGUGACUACAAUACAGAGAAAGGCAGGGAAAUAAAAAACACUGGAGGAAGAAGGCAUACAGCUCCUCAGCACCAUGGGGUUACAUCAGGCUGUGAAGUGAAAAGCUGUCUCCCAGUCCCAGGAGGAGGCCUUCCUGUACGAGAAGGAGGUCUCCCAACCCUAGGAGGAGGUCUUGCAGUCCGAGAAGGAGAGCGACCCCGUUUGCAAUCUUCGUAUGAUUACCGGCAGUUAAACCCAGGCAAAGAGCCAGCAGCAGCAUAUCAGAAGAAACUAAUUCCUCCCUUGGCUACCACUGUUCACUCUACGCCAACAGCAAGAGAAGCAAAUGACUUCCAUGGUUCUAUGCCACAAACUUUUCCUUAUGCAUGUUCCCUCUGUGAUAUUGCAGUACUUUCUCAAAAGGAUUGGACCUUACACAUAAAUGGGGCUCAACAUGCAAACAGCCAGCUUGCCGUGUUACAAAUCAUCAAAUCUCCGUCUGAUUACCGGCAGUUAAACCCAGGCAAAGAGCCAGCAGCAGCAUAUCAGAAGAAACUAAUUCCUCCCUUGGCUACCACUGUUCACUCUACGCCAACAGCAAGAGAGGCAAAUGAUUUCCAUGGUUCUAUGCCCCAAACUUUUCCUUAUGCAUGUUCCCUCUGUGAUAUUGCAGUACUUUCUCAAAAGGAUUGGACCUUACACGUAAAUGGGGCUCAACAUGCAAACAGCCAGCUUGCAGUGUUACAAAUGUAUCCUGAAUGGGACUGUCGGACUGGAUCCGCUAGACAGAGUGACUACAAUACAAAGAAAGGCAGGGAAGAAAAAAACACUGGAGGAAGAAGGCAUGCAGCUCCUCAGCACCGUGGGGUUACAUCAAGCUGUGAAGGGAAAAGCUAUCCUAUUGGAGAUAAGGCUAGUGGAAGAGUGGUUUGCGCUAAAUAUGCAGCUAAUUCUAUGGAUGAGCACUCCAUAAGGAGGCUGGUUGGCCAAGUUGGAUCUGCAGUGAACGUUAUGAUGUUUCCUGUACAGGCUUUCAUUGAGAUGAGUUCACCCGAUGGAGCACAGGAUGUUGUAAAAUACUUCAACAGGAACCCAGUUGUAGUUGAAGGGAGCCUAGUCCAAUUUUCUAUGUCUGCCACAUAUAAUUUUCUUCAGAAUUCCCCGGUGGUGAUUUUUUCCUUGUUGCCCCCUGGACAAGAGAAGUACCCUGAGAUAAUGGCCAUUGCUAAACGAUUCGGACCUGUUAUACACUCCUUAUUCUUACCGAAUCGGGUGCUCUUGGAAAUGGGAUCCAGGGAAGAUGCAGGAAAGUUGGUUAAAUAUUACACCUCUGAUCCUCUUAAAAUGAAAGGCAAUAUUAUCCAAGUAUCCCACUCUACAAAGCACAGCACACUGAAGUUUGCAGUAACUGACAAAGUGACUGAAGGUGGAGAGGCCAGCAGACACAUUGGCCAGUCAUAUAGGUCCCAGACUAGAUCAUCUCCUAGCCCCAGGAGGAGGUCUCCCGGCCCCAGGAGGAGGUCUCCCAGUCCAAGGAGGUAUCCCAGCCCCAGGAGGCGAUCUCCCAUUCAAAGGAAAAGGUCUCCUGGCGACAGGAGGAGGUCUCAUAGUCCAAGGAGGAAGUCCUUGGAGAAUCGAGAUGUAGCCAAGUUAGAGGACAAAUCUUCACAGGUGAGAACACCGUCCUCCAGCAGGAACAGGAGUCAGUCGUCUAGAUGGUCAACAUCCCAUACCAAGGAGGACAAGAACAUAUCCAGAGUACAUUCUGUAGAGAAAACAGCUAAUACUCAGAAUGCGAUAGUCAAAAGCAUUGGAGUGUUGACAGAGACUCCAGACCUGGGGAGCACCAAAGAGCCCUCAUGCACUAAUACUCAAACUAAGGAGAGUGUGCCCAGCCCAACAGAACAUCCCCAAGAUCAUGGCACUGGUCAGAAAACUGAAGACCAAACUAUGUUUGAGGGAGGGAAGGACAGUGACAUGGACAGUGACAUUGAAGGGAUGGCAGUGAUUGGAGAGGAUGAGGAAAUUCGGUCAGAAGAGGGCUCUAUGGGAUUCCUGGAGGACAUGGAAGAGCAUGUGUGUGAUGAAGCUGGAACUUCAGCAGAGAAUUUAUCAACUUGUCCUUCAGAGGUUGCUGAAGCUGGUGAAAAAGAAAAACAAGGAGAAGGAGAGGAGCUGGCUUUGCACCCCGAUAAGGAACCUGGUUCACAAAGUUCUACAGCAGAUCCAGCAGUGUCAGAACCUCCUGGAGUCACGGCAGUGCAGGAGGAGAAAGAAGGAGGUCUGGAGGAUAUGGAGGAACCUAACGAGGCCUAUGAUGAGGACGAACCUGAUUUCCCUGAAAGCCUGGAGCAUUGUAUUACUUUAGAUGAGCUUGAAGAUGAAGAUGGUGAGGGCCAGGCACUUGUGUCAGAAGGCAACUCCGAUCCGAGGUCCAAGGAGGAAGAACAGGAAAAUGAUUAUGGAAGAGUUAUCUACAUCCAGAAUCUUCCAAGUGGCUAUUACACAGAUAAACAGUUUGUGGCAAUUGGCAAGAAGUAUGGGAAAGUGAAUCGUUAUUUCUUGAUCCGUCGACGUCAAGAGGGCUUUAUUGAAAUGGAGAGAUCUGCCGAUGCCCGGAGAGCUGUAAGGGAGCUAUCAAAAAAGCCUUUGAGAAUGGCUCGCAAUAUUUUGGUUGUUCAUCUGUCACGGAAGUACAAAAGAUUGACAUGUGGGUGGAGCCCUGAAUCGGACUCAGAAGAUGAGAGUGGGUGGAGGAAGCAUCGAAGGGAAAGGAGGAGGAUGGAGGAACGGGAAGACAGUAGCUCAAGAACUAAAUCCAGGAAGGAGGAAGAGCCCCCAUCUAAGAAGGUCUGCAUCAGGGAAGAGAAGACCACCCCAGCAGAGCCCAGCAGCAGCAUCAAGGCGGAGGAGAAGACGGCAACAGUGGAACCCAGCAGCAAUGGGGAGCAGCAGCAAGAAGAGGAGGAGAAGGCAGCCACAGAGGAAUCCAGCAGCAAUAAGGAGCAGCAGCAAGAAGAGGAGGAGAGGUCAGCCACAGAGGAACCCAGUAGCCAUAAGGAGCAGCAGCAAGAAGAGGAGGAGAAGGCAGCCACAGAGGAACCCAGUAGCCAUAAGGAGCAGCAGCAAGAAGAGGAAGAGAAGGCAGCCACAGAGGAACCCAGUAGCCAUAAGGAGCAGCAGCAAGAAGAGGAGGAGUACGGGACGCCUGAGACACCUUGUGAACAGGAAGAGUUGGCGGUGAAGACAGAAAAUGAAAACAUCAUGAUCAACCGGCCCUCCGACUGCAUGGACACACUGAAGAAGGACACAGAGGGGGUGAGCUGGGUGACCAGCAUUGAAAAUCCAGAUGGAAUCAAACAGGUCUAUGUUAAGGAAGAGAAAGUGGAAAUGAUAACAGAAACCACUCAUGUCCCCCUGGGGCCCUACCUGCCCAACAACCCCAUGGGAAGGGAGUUUGUCAGUCAGAAAAUCGGCUACUUCUGCAGCCUCUGCAAUGCCAUCUAUGUCACCGAAGACGAAGCAAGGAAUGAACAUUGCAGCAGUCACUCUCACUAUGAGAAACUGAAGGCAUAUAUGGAACAAAAGGGCAACCCUGCUUGACAAAUUUAAAUGCGCAGUGGUUAUUAUAAAAAUAUCACAACCCAAAUAUAUGUGGAAAUGGCCUUUGAUAAGCAGUUACAUCAGUGGGACCUGAUGUGCAACAUUCUUCUAAAAAAUAUCUCACAAAACCAAGAAUAAUGUUGAGAAUGGGGGGGGGUGGGGGUGGGGGGGACCUAUCGAAUCCAGGCCAUGUUGUCAGCUGUUGCCGAGCUUGGCGGAGGGCGGUGCUCAGUUGUCUCUAGCAUCACCAGGCCUGGUAGGCUGGGUUUCAGUUGGCCAGGAAGACGGACUUGUGGCGCACCAUCGACACCCACCGGUUGUAAUAUAUAUAUUUUUUUUACUAGGGUUACUUGUUGGUCAUAUCGCUGUUUUUAUCUUUUCAUAUAUAAAAAGUUGUACUUCCCUGUAUAUGGUUUGUUUUUGUUGUUAGUGAUACUUUUAUUUUUGUUGUGCAUGAGUAUUUAUCUUCUGUACAUUAAAGUCACUGUAGCUGA